UAGUUUACCCGGUCACAUCCGCACGGCAUUACAGCUACGAUGCCGAUAGCAGCCAAAAAACCGAUCCACUGCCGACAUCCGAAAUUGAUAAAACGGGCCGGGCGCGACGUAGUCUUUUGCACCCACUGAAGAAUGAAACCGACUAUCUUAUUCAAGCAUUUGGCAGAAGUUUCCAUUUUGAUUGGAUUGAACCUAGCCAGCUGCUGUCAGGGUGGAAUAUUUUAUCACCAGGGUUCACGGUGCAGCAUGUUGGCCAUCAGAUGACAUGGCUGGAUACGGAAGCCGCGAGGCGGGAUGUCACUUGGCUGGACAAUUGUUUACGGGUCGGCACGGUCAACGGUGACGUAGAUUCUAAAGCUGUGAUAGAUUUAUGUUGGAACACGUUGCACAAUAUCCAAAAGCCGGCUCGGCUCAGCGCCACGGCCGCGGAUUACCCGGUUGGGCAAUUUGGUUUGAUGGGAGCAUUUCAUUUACCGGAUGCUGACUAUCUUUUGCAACCAAUGGCGGAUAUUUCUUCCAGUAUACCGCGAAACGAAAAUACUUUUAAUUUUCCUCCGCACAUUUUAUAUCGAACUCGGCAUAUGUCAGACGACAUACUUAAUUCAUCCAUGAUGACGGUCCGAAAUGUAGGAAUGAAUCGGACAACUGGCCGAAUGAAACGCGAAACCGACAUGAGCGAAUUCACUUCCACAGCGUGGGAAUAUCAUGUGGAAUUGCUGGUUGUCGCUGAUUAUUCAAUGCGGCAGUUUCACGGGAAGGAAUUGAAUGAAUACAUUCUAACACUGAUGUCCAUUGUUGCAAUGAUUUACCGCGAUGCAAGCAUUGGCAACUCCAUUAGUAUAAUAGUUGGAAGACUAAUUGUACUCGAAAACGAAAGUGAUGGACCGCGCAUAACCUGGAGCGCCCAAGAGACAUUGGACAGCUUCUGCAAAUGGCAAUCGGCUUAUAACAUGCAAGACGACACCCAUCCAUUCCACCACGAUGCCGCCAUUCUCUUGACCCGGCAGGAUCUCUGCGUAUUAAAAAACAAAUGCGACACGCUGGGACUGGCUGAAAUCGGCACCAUGUGUGACCGUCAAAAAUCCUGUGCGAUCGUCGAGGAUAGCGGUCUGAGUUCGGCCUUCACCAUUGCACACGAGCUGGGUCACCUUUUUAACAUUCCCCACGAUGAUGACCGGAUGUGUCGGAGUUUCAUGCCGGGAGUGUUCUCCACCUACACCAAUGUCAUGGCGCCCCGUUUAGACCAUAACUCCAAUCCGUGGACGUGGUCGGCGUGCAGCGCGAAAAAGCUGAUGGAUUUCUUGGAAUCCGGUGAGGCCAGCUGUCUGCUGGACGAGCCGAGUGCGGCCAACAGUAUCACCACCCGACUGGAAUUAGUGCAGGGCCGAGAUCCCUAUCAGAUGGAGCGGAUGUCCGUCAAUUCCUUUCUGUUUCCCGGUGAGAUGUUUGAUGUAACCAAACAGUGCCAGUUGGUAUUUGGUGAAGGCGCCUCGGUGUGCCCUUUCAUGCCGGUAUGUAAGCGGCUGUGGUGCACAACCAGUCUGGGCAACCAGACGGGCUGCCGCACGCAACAUCUGCCCUGGGCGGAUGGCACGUCGUGUGGAUGGAAUAUGUGGUGUAAGCGCGGAGAGUGUGUUAAAAAGGAUUUUACCCGCCUGGAUCCGGUGGACGGCGGAUGGGGACCGUGGAGCCGAUGGGGACGAUGCUCGCGAACGUGUGGUGGGGGAAUUAAGGAAUCAGUCCGUGAAUGUGAUAAUCCAAAACCUCAGAAUGGUGGUAAAUAUUGUUCCGGUCAGAGAAUUCGCUACAAAUCAUGCAACUUGAAGGACUGCGGAGCGACCGAGCUGGACUUUCGGGAAGAACAGUGUAGCGCAUUUAAUGGCAAAACGAUGGGCUACCAAGGUGUUGAACCCAGCGUGGUAUGGACUGCCAAAGUUUAUGGUCAAACAAGUCGUCAGAAAUGCAAGCUGUAUUGUCGAGUUGAGGGAACGAGCAAGUUUUUCUUACUGAAGGACAAGGUCAUCGACGGAACAGCCUGUGGACCGGAUUCUUCGGAUAUAUGCGUUAACGGCGUCUGCAAAAAAGCAGGAUGCGACGGCAAGCUCGGGUCACAAAUGAAGCGUGACACGUGCGGUGUGUGCGGCGGGGAUAAUUCAACGUGUCGCACCGUGACGGGAACAUAUAACGAACGCAAUUAUGGGUAUAAUUUCAUUGUGGAAAUUCCUGAAGGCGCUUCUAACAUUGAUAUACGACAACAUGCCUACGAAGGCCGGAAGGAUGAUCACAAUUAUCUCGCCCUUGUCAACAGCGAAGGCGCAUAUCUCUUCAACGGGGACUUCAUCGUUUCCAUGUUCCAUAGAGAAUAUCCAGUGAAAAAUGCUGUGAUCGAUUAUACCGGUUCCGAUACCGACGUCGAGAGGAUAAAUUGUACAAGAGCAAUUGGUGAAAAGUUACUACUUUAUGUUUUGACAGUUGGGGAAUUGCGCCCUCCGGAUGUUUACUACGCGUAUAUGCUGUCGGUUGGAGAUGAAUACAGGUGGGAUCCAGAAGGACCAUGGAAUUCAUGCAGCAAAGAAUGCAAAGGCUUGCAGUUUCGUAACUUACUCUGCGUAAGGAAGAACGACCGGCAUCCAGUUACGAAAGGCAACUGCGUCGGCCAGCCACCCCCGUCGGAGCAUUCGCGCUCCUGCAACGAUCACUGCGCACUGCGCUGGGACGUUGUCCAGGAUCCGGAUGCACAGUGCAAUGCCCUGUGUAAUGAGCCCGGCCGAAUCCGUCGGCAAGUGCGCUGCUUGCGGGAAAUGUUCGACGACAAUCAGCGCCACGGCGAAGCGCACUUGUGGUAUCAGGACAACCUCUCCUCGGCCGAUCAGCGCAAUCAGGCGCCGCGUAUCCAGGAAGUAGAUGUCGAAAAGUGCAACGAACUAGCGGAACCCAAGCCAGCGGAAGAGAUCGCGUGUACCGGCAGCUGCCGGCUGGUGGCCUGGAAGUACACCGCCUGGUCGGAAUGCAGUCGGCCGUGCGGCGGCGGCGUACAGAGUCGCUCGUCGGUCUGCGUGGAUUUAAGCACCGGGCAUAGUGUUCCGCCGUACAACUGCUCGUUCCACCAAGCGCCUGAGCCCAACCAAAAAGCAUGUAAUCCCCAACCGUGUGCGGCCGACUGGACAGUUGGACCGUGGAGUGUUUGUUCGACAACGUGUGGACCGGGAAUAAUGCGACGCGCCGUUAAGUGUUUGUUGCGUAUGGAAGGCACGGAAGCGGAAGAUGCACUGUGCGAUCCGGUGAAGAAACCCGCGCCGGCGAUUCGUUGCCCGGAUGUACCCUGUCCGCCACCACCUAUUUCCGGUCCGCCUCCUGUACCCCGGCGGCCGGUUGUAGUUUACGCCACCACGCCCAGUUACAGUGGUAACGUGGAAUGGGUGACUGGAUCGUGGACACCAUGUUCGAAAAGUUGUGGGCAUGGUGAAAGGUAUCGUUCAGUUGGGUGCCGAAGUCGCGACGGAAAAUAUUUGACCCACAUCGCCUGUGCGACCCUGCCUAAACCCCAUGAAAAAGAGCAGUGUCUGGUUUCCGAAUGUGGUUCGUGGCAGUAUGGCGAAUGGGGUCAGUGCACCGCUAGUUGUAACGAUGGUCUCGGGGGAGCCAUGCAGCGACGAUAUGUGGCAUGCGUUGUUAACCACCGGCCGGUCAAGGAUGAGGAUGAGUGUGACAAAAACAGCCGUCCACCCAGCACGCAGUUGUGUCCGGAUCUGGCCAUGUGCGAAGUCCGCACUCUGAUCCGAAUGAAAGACAGCGGAGACCGGAACGCGGAUGACCCGUUAGUCCAGGUCAGAUAUGAGCAAUACUAUCAAUCCACGCCGGAGACAACGACAACGACAACAACAACAUCGACGACCACACAAAGAACCACCAUUACCAGGCGACCUUCUAAUAUCUCGACAACUGCAGCACGAAAAGGCAUCUGGAUUACAGGUGGCUGGGGAAAGUGCUCGAAACCCUGCGGUGGCGGAAUGCGGCUACGUCUGGUAGCCUGCCAAAUGCCCGACAAUAAUUAUAGAUCGACAUCCGAUGGUCCCCUGUGUGACGAGAGCAAUAGGCCGACAAAUACGUCCCGCUGCAACGAGCAACCCUGUCCAGAGUGGAAAUACGGCCAGUGGGGACCAUGUAACAAAUCCUGCGGUGGGGGAUAUCAGCGGCGUAUGGUACAGUGUAUAGACUCCCGCGGAUCCACCAUGGCCAGCUACCAUUGUAGCCGCUCACAGCGCCCGGUCAGUGUCCAGCGCUGCCACAAGACCCCCUGCAGCAGUACACCGGUGGAUUACUGGAACACCGUUGCGGCCGCAUCCCAGAUCCAGGCCGUGCACGAAGUGGGUCCAGUGCUGCAACCGGAUCAAGUGCAGCCGACCACCACCUCGGUGCAGGGAAUCUGGCAGGCCGACGCCUGGUCACCGUGUAGUGUGACUUGCGGAAAAGGAAUCAGGAAACGAAAGGUAAACUGUGUUGAUCCGCGCAGGACGGAUAUUCAGAUAGAUGAAACAGUCUGCAGUGCGAGAGAAAAACCCCCCUCAACCGAUGAAUGCAGACUGGAAGUUUGCCCCAAAUGGCGAGUUUCGAAAUGGUCGGAGUGCUCCACGGAUUGUGGUAACGGUUAUCGCACCAGGGACGUUCUGUGCGCUCGUGGUGGUCUCAGUCAGCAUUUCCAAUCUACCAUGGUAAAAGUGGACGAUGCCUUAUGUAAAGGUCAAUUAAAGCCAAAAGGAAAACGGGUGUGUGAAGAAUACCAGUGUGGGAAUCUGUAUCGCUGGACUGUCUCUCGGUGGUCAGCGUGUUCGGCUAGCUGUGAUAGCGGAAAACAGUUCCGCCAAGUCCAGUGUGUAUAUUCUGUCAACAACACAAUUGUUGACUCUUCCUAUUGCCGACUACGAGGCAGUCGAUUGAAAUCUCCGCCAUCCGUCAGGGUGUGUAAAACCACCAAGGCCUGUGCUUUCCGCUGGAUGGCUGGCGAUUGGUCAAAAUGUUCUCGAACUUGUGGUUCCGGUGUGCGGUGGCGCCGCGUCACUUGUCACAAAGUGGACGAAUUAACCGGUGCGACUAUAUGGUGGCCCACAGAGAGUCCCUAUAGAUGCGAUACCAGAAACAGACCAAAGGAGAGGCAGAUAUGUUCGUUCGGAGAAUGUUCCGAUCAUUUUAUAUGGCAAGCCGAUAACUGGACUGAGUGCUCAAAGACUUGUGGAAAUGGCAUUUCCAAACGUAAUAUCUUUUGCCUGCACCAAAAAUCUCAGCAACUUUUACGGCAUUCCUUCUGCAAAGCUAGUCUGAGACCGGAAACUACGAAAUCCUGCAAUCCUGAGCCAUGCAGCCGGCUGAAUGAAGUACUAAAUCGAAUCUAAGCCGCGCAUACAGCGUUGGCGUGGCCGCACUGUUCUCAUCCAGACGGGCCAAUUCUGCGAUCUGACGUUUGUUAUCUCCUCAGAGAAAGCUCUUAAGUAAUCUCUAAGUUCUUCCUCUUUUCCCUCUCGCUGAGCAACUCAGCCCCAACAAGUACUCACUUGUGCAUCACACACACACACCAAACAGGACCGCCAAAUUGCUCAUGAGGUUAAAGUUGAUGGAAAGGCUUUUUGUUUUUUUCCUGGUUCUUUCCGGUUCUCUCUUUUGCUUUUUCCAGUUUACCUGUUUUGUUUUCACUUAAUUAACGUUGUUGAUGGAUAAUGCGCGUGUGUGGUGUUUUGGGUUGUCCACAUCUUUUUUUUCAUAAGCGAAAUUGCGUGAGGUAGCCUUGCAUUUAUCUGAAUGGACACGUGACAGGAUCGGAUAACUGCCAAUUCAUGGAACUGGAGACUAUCCGAAUGGCAUGCGACAAAGACAAGUCACUAUUUGUGUUGCAUUUUACAAAGUGUGCAUUUUCUUUUCAAGUGUGCAUUUCUAAUUAUGGUCGCGCUUUUGCGUACUCGUGGCCAAAGUAUUACGUGUUUCAACUGCCUUUUUGGAAUAUUUCGUUUUUUUAUGGAUAGCGGUAGAUAUUUGGAUUUUUGUUUGUUUGUUACCGGUUAAAUAUUUUGUGUUAAUUAUAUUAUUAAUAUUUGUUAUGUAUUAUUAUAAAUCAGAAUGUGAAAGACAGCAUC